UUGUGGUAAAACAAACUAAAUAAUUACAAACAUGGCAAAAAAGUAAUUAAGAAAAUGGACUAAAUUGAAUGAUAAUGUUCUGAAUUUAAAGGCUUUUUUGCUGCUUUGAACAUGAUCCAGGAUGGAAAAACUACAAAGCAUGACUGGUCAAAUCUGGAUAGGGUUAUUCUACACUCCAGGUAACUUCUAUGAAACAUAGUUUGUGAGUUUGGAUAUAUUUAUUCAAAUAUUAAUUUUAAGGCUUUUUAUGUCUUGUACCAGGAUUCAGCUUAAAAAUGAGGUGAGAUUCAGAUCUCUCCCCCCCAAUUCCCACUUUUUGUGUUUUAAAUCAUGUUUAUAUUUAAUAUCUUUACUAGAUUCUAGAGGAAGAAUGGAAGUCACAGAGCAAAGUUUCAGCACCACCUGCUUGCGUUGGUCCAUUGUUUUUUUUUUUAUUACAGAACAUCAUAUCUUAAAGGGCUAACUCACUAUUGUCAACUCCACUCAGCUGUCGGACGGUCUGACUAAAGUCAGUCGCCUCAGUAUCUUCACACUUAUACAUCCAAACGAGUUCAAGUGGUUACAGAUUCAUUUCCAAGAUGUUGUUUCUCUCUGUGAACCAAAGACCAGGACAGAAAGCCUUUAAAUAUCCCGCACCUCAUUACUGGAACCAAUUGCAGAAGGAUCUAAUGACUGAGGCUACGGUUUCAUUGAAUAGUUUCAAAGGGCUCUAGAAUCACAAAGGGACAGAAACCACUGACUGUAGAUGUUUUAUGUGAUUUGUUUUUGUUAGAGUCGUGUUUGAAAUUGUCUUGUUUUCAUCUGGUUUUGCUGCUGGAUAUCCAUCCCAGGACACUUUUGUAAAACAGACUUUCCAAAUCGACUAGUUUCACUUUAUGGCAAAAAUAAGGGUCACAAACAAACAAAGUUGCAGAACAUGAUGACUCUUGGAGAGUUAAAGCUUUAGAAUCAAAUAUAUUUUUGAUUAUUUUAUAAUUUGCUGAGAUUUUUCUUCUCAGAAUUCAGAAUAAGCUCAGAAUCCUUUUGGUUUUUUUCACCCCUGUGGCCCCAAUCUUCUUCUGUACAAGAACAGAGUGUUGGUUGAGUCCUAAACUAAUGUCGAUGCUUGGUACAAAUUUAAGCAGCUGUGUUUUUUCCUCCCAUAUCUCCCGUGUCUCUUCUGCUCCGUGCCUCAGGAGAAGGGGGGGUUAAAAAUCGCCUGCCAGGGCACGCCCAUCACUAGCGCUGUGGUUUUUACACCUGCCUCACCAACCCAGCCACUUUGAGCUCAGACCUCCAGGGAUUGCUUCACCUGCAGCCAGCACCGACCGCUUCCUCCGAGGCGUACCGCCGGCCGACGCUGCGGACAGGUGUCCAAACAUGAGCGCCGACGGCCGCUGACUGCAGCCCGCCUCCAUCCGACCAACUCUCUCUGCGGCGGAGGGGAAGCGGCGAGUGUUUUCCCCGCGCCGCCGCGGGGGUACGUGCGCUAAGUAACGGAGGACACAAACAUGCAAUAGGCGGCAUCCCGGUCCGCCGCUACGCCAGAGCGCUCCCACUGGACCUGCUGAACUUUACCCCUCCACCCCCCCGCCCCUGAAGCGAUGGCAGCCGCCACUCUCGGGGAAGUUGGAGGCGUCCUGCACGGCAUCGACGGCGUCGUUCACGUCGGCUCCCAUUUCGUUCUCACGCCUCCCGGGUACGGGCCGACUCUGCUGGGGGAGCCCCACCUCGCCCCCGGGGACAGGCGGUACCUGCCGACCACGCCGGAUCUGAAGCACUUAAAGGGCAUUCUGAGGAGGCGGCAGCUGUACUGCAGGACGGGGUUUCAUCUGGAAAUACUUCCGGACGGCACGGUGCAGGGGACCCGAAAGGACCACAGUCGCCAUGGUAUUUUGGAAUUCAUAAGCCUCGCUGUGGGACUGAUAAGCAUAAAAGGAGUGGACAGCGGGCUUUACCUGGGGAUGAACGACAAAGGGGAGCUCUAUGGCUCUGAAAAGCUCACAGCCGAAUGCGUCUUCAGGGAGCAGUUUGAGGAAAACUGGUACAACACCUACUCGUCCAACCUCUACAAACACGGGGACAAAGGGACGCGUUACUUUGUGGCCUUAAACAAAGACGGGACUCCAAGGGACGGGACGAAAUCCCGACGGCACCAGAAAUUCACACACUUCCUGCCCAGGCCCGUGGACCCAGAGAGAGUGCCAGAACUGUAUAAGGAUAUCCUGGGACACAGUUGAGACGCCAAAGUCCCGGAUCGGGGAGUAGCUGCUUUAACGCCCCUGUUCGGCAGGGAGCGAAAUAGUAACAAAAAAGAAGCAAAAACAAAAGCGAGGCCGAGACGAUGCCGGGCGCAGGCAUGGCGGACCAUGACA